CUCUAGCAUAAAAUGUCUAAUCGAUGACAUUUAUGACACUAAAUGACAUACCCUUGUAUAAGUUUUUAGUUAAUAAGACAUUUUAUAAUAAUUUAUAACACGAUGGCAUGCAAUGAAAAUAUAGUGAAGAAUAUAGCAAAAGAGAUAACGAGAAAUUGUCAGGCGCAAAAUGUUAUUGUGGACACGGAGUUCGUCAUAUAUCUGGUGGAGCUGCUCCUGCUGAACCCCAAGUAUGGGAAACUGUUCACGAAGACUAUCAACAGGAAUAAUUUACAAUUUUUCGUAGAAGAAUGCGUGGACCUGUUGACGCGUGGCGACACGUCUCUCAACACGUUGAAGAUGCAGUUCAUCAUGCAGACGAACUACGGUAAGCUGCAGAACCUGAUCGACAAACACUCGGAGUCGAUCAGCGCGUGCCUGCGGCCGCUGGUCGACGAGAUCCUGGACGCGGAGCCGCCCGAGGGGGCCCACGCCGACUGCACGAAACUGUUCAGGAAGAUCUCCAUAUACAUCGUGCUGGCCAGCGGACUAGGGAACCCGGGAGUGAUCACGACGCUAAAGGAAGGCAUGGCGGCUUUAGAAAGCGUGUUCUCCCUGGACGAUCUGAAGAUGUUCGUGGCCUUGCCCAGGAACGAGAAGAUGGAACAACUCGAGGAGCUGAUGGAGAUAGUAUCCGGUGUCAGACUUUUCAAUAGAGAUUGUAAAAAGAGCGGCGAGGGUAUACCGGACCACUUGGAACCCUCUUUAAAUAUAGGUAAUACCAAAGCCUCCUUCCAGACUGCAGGAAAACGGCCUGUAAUGAGACUUGUGUUGUAUAUCAUUGAAAGGCUUUGCAGUGAUCGAAAGCAAUCUGCGAAAAGGUUACACACUUCAGUACUACUGGUCCCUGUUUUAUUUUUACAAAACAUUUCUGAAGAGGCAGUCACCCUGGUAGAUUUGACGGGCGGCAGGAGGUGUGCUAGAAUCUACAUGCCCACUAACUCUAAAAAAGAGAGAGAGGGGCCCUCCGUGCACCCUCUGUCUUUUGGGGGAAAGUGUCGUGCAGUGCCAUUCAACCUGGUGGACGCGGGCAAGGCGUGCCUGGGCUCGCUGUCCCACGCGCUGAUGGCGGCGAUGCAGCGCGUCAACGCGCUCACCAGCGCCGCGCACGGCCGCGUGGCCGCCGCCCGCGACACCGGCAACGUGCACGUCGACCCGCCGCCCGACACUGACCUCACCGUGGACAAUUACAAAGAAAUAUUCCAGUUGCUAGCCUUCAACCGCCAGUAUGAACUGUUUAUCCGCAAACUCCUGUCAGACGUGGAGACGAUGGUCGACAAUGCGGUCGCCUGCGUGGACCGCGCUAAAGCUGUUCUGGAGGAGUUGCACGCCGCCGUCAAAUAUAAAGCCGCUGUGCCGGUCGUUACUGUGUUUCCGCUGUUCGCUAGGCUGUGGCAAGUGUGGCGAGCGAUGCAGAACAUAAUGUACUUGGUGUCGACAGUCAAUCGUUUGAUGUGUACACUCGCGGCUAUACAAGAUCAAAUGAAGAUACCGUACAAUAUCUUAGACGCGAUGCUGAAGGGGAAACAGGUUGUGACAGACCAGGACAGGAUGACAGCGACGGUCAGUAUGGAAGAGAGAUUGUCGCUGGGAUCUGUGAGGAACUACGUGGCGAAUAACGAGAGUGCCGCGGUAGUGAAAGACACGCAUGUUGAGUUCCUGGGCUUCUGUGCGUUGUGCCUGUGCAUCGGCGCGCUGGUGCCGCGCCACGCGGCGGUGGGCGCCAUCAAGUGGGGGGGGCGGCGCUACGGGUUCUGCAGCGUCAACAUGGCCGUCACUUUCAGCAGGGACCCCGCCAGGUACGUGAACGAAGUCCUCCACUACGCCCGCAACAACCCGCACGUGAUCCACCUGCUGAACAUUCUAGAAGACGUGUACAAGGUGAAGGAUGUCGACAUACUCGUCACCGAGCACGUGCCUAAGAUUCAGGUGAUGGACAAGGACAUACAGACUGAGGUACACCCGGUGGAGAGUUACAUCGAGAAGAAUUACUCUUGGGACUUAUGGAAGUGGAAGCGAAGGGCGUGCCAAUGGGCUACGAUAGUAAACUGCAAGACCCAUUCGACUCAAACCAAGUACAGCCACAUGAGGGCCGAGAUCCAGUGCCAGACCGUGCAGCGGCGCGACGCGAGCCUGCAGACGGCCCGCGCGCGCGCCACCUGCACCCCGCACCGCGCCCACUUCGUGUGGGGGCUGCGCGGGCAGCGGGGGCUGGGGCAACAUACUCAAGACUUCACAGACUUUGCGCACUCUGAGAAAAAGAAAGCGCAAGUAAUAUCGACAUGCAGUUGGCCCUGCUACGAACCUGAAGUGGCAACAUCUGAUCCGGCAUGCUCUGAACAUGACGACGAUAAUAUAUGAACGAAGAAACUUUUUUAAUAGUUAUUUAAAUUGCACAAUUUACUGCACGGCUGUUUUAUGUGAAAAAGGAAUUUACUACGUAAACCUGUACGUUUUUGCUAGUAAAGUU